GGAAAUUGAAGAUGACAAUGCGCAGUUGCGGCAUCAUGAACUGGCUAGCCUCCGAAAAGGGAAAAGAUCAGAAGGCAACCAUUUAUGGGAAUUUUAUUCGGGAUUUGCUGAAAGAUUCCAGGUGCAAUCCCACCAUUAUUCGAUGGGACGACAAAAGGGCGGGAAUUUUUCGCAUAGUCGACUCGAAAGCGGUAGCUGACAAGUGGGGCGUCAAGAAAUGUAAUCCACGGAAGAAUUAUGAAAACUUGCCCGGGCGAUGAGGCUUCACUACAAAACCGAAUUUGUACUUCCCGUUUGAUCUUAGACGUCCCCUGGUGUACAAAUUCGGGCCAAAGGCCACCGGAUGGCAGGAUUGAUGUCGCCAGACUCACUGGAUGUUUCGCAUUAUUUUGUCUGUUCCGUGUUGCAGUUGUUGUGUUUGUGUGGGGAUUGUUUUUCUUCCGAUUACUCGAUUUCGUUUGUGAAAUUGGCUCAUUACGGAAGAGCAAAGCGGCGACUUCACCAGACAAAUUCAGUGAAAAAAGUAUUUAUUGCUACGCGUGGCGGUGUGUAUAACGGUCCCGUAAAGGGAAGAUCGGGCAGAAAAUACAAACGAGAAUACGACUGCGGUUUUAAUCAGAAGUGAGACCUCCAGUCCUCCGAAACGGCGCAGAUUAUGUUUUCCGAUGUUGUUAAGUUCUCACUGUGGGAACAACAUCGGAAGACAAAAUCUGCGCGAUGGUACUGCGCUGGGAAAAAUCGUAAAUCAAGGAAAAUAUCUUAAUGUGAUUAUGUUAAUGUCGAAAAAGCCCACUCGACUCGAUCGCAUAUGCCGAUAAGGAGAUCGAAACAGGGAAAGUCCAGCCUCUAUAUGGGUCGGUUCCGGAUUUUCGGCUGCCGCUUUGGCGCAUUUGCGCCCCUUAUUCGGCUCAUAUCCAAGGGGCCACACGGCGGACUGUCCAUGCAUGGUGACGCACACGGGCACUUAGCUAAUGGAUAGCAAACGGCGCCUGACCUGGCACGGUGUGAACGAACUGGUUGUGCAGAAACAGGGGUGGGCCCGGACAAACUCGCUUUCAGCUCCUGGUGGGCCGUCGUUGAUGGAGGUCAUCUGGUGAUAUCCCUCCCGGUGAAUCACCUCCACAAUGUCACCCAGCCCAAUCAAAUUUCGCUCUCCCGGACGGACUCGCGGAUCUUCCAGAAAAUCGGCGCAGGCGGUCCUCAGAAACGGCAAUUUUUGCACCGACGCCCAUGAUGUCAGCGAAUGUGUAGGUGGGAUGCUCGUCAGGAUUGCCGCUACAAGCGCGAUCGGCCACAGUAAAUCGGCGUCCAGGGCGAGGUUUGGAGUAGACAUCGGAGAUAUUCAUUUCCACCUCACCGAGGUCGAAGCGGUAUCCAUCUGAUGGCGAUUUUGGCUGCAGCGCUUGCAUCUCGUCCGCGCUUGCAUCUCGUCCUCAAGAGUUUCUUGGAUUACGGUCAGACGGUGGGCGCAUACUGCUUCAUUAGAAAUCAUCAUAUUCGUUCGCAUCUUCUCGCUUUCGUUGCGGUUGUUUCGCCAGGUCCGCUUGCACUUGGGCAAUUUGGUUUCGAGGGCAAUUUCCUUGACCUGUUUCUGCUGUGGCAAAAGGACCAGUUUUGCCACAGCAGAAACAGGUCAAGGCGGCGCUGGAAGACAGAUGGCGCGGUGAUCGGUCGAUGGCGAGGAGGAAAAAAAGACGGCAUGAUAUUGCCGUCGAUAAUCGAUAUCAUCAUAGUUGGUCGUCGGACGGAAGACUGAGGACACGCCAUCCGGAUGCAGUUUGGGCGGCCGCUGCCAAGCGAUCACGGCUGGGUGGCUAGACAUAAGAAGGGAUGCGCUCUCUUUCUUCCCGGUAUUUACGGGCGAAACGUGUGGGUUGGCUGUCCAUGAUGAGCAAAUCAGGUGAGAUCGAUGGGAUCGAGGGGGAACAAGCAGGUAUCGCUGCCACAAACACACGACCCGUUCUCCGAUCCUCCACUCGUUUCAACCAGAUCGUGCCAACAUCCCCCGCAGCUCUGUCCUACAAAGACCUGAUCAAGGUGGUCGGCGUGGAUCCGGAGUCGAAUCCUUUGUACUGGCGCAAAGCGAUCGAUCACUCGGCGGAGACUGUGGUCUUCUUCCAGGUGGAUCUGCGCGGCACGCUGCCCCGCAUGUGCAAGAGCGUGCGCAUCUGCCAGGAGGCCGCGGGCAGGCAGCGGCUGAUCCCGCGCGUGUACAUCGGGGAGACGCUGCUCAGUGGAGAUUAUGUGAAGACAAUCAUCGGCAAGCGAUAUCUGGCGGACGAGGACGAUCUCAUGAAGCUGCUGGAGCACGCGGGAGUGUUGAAGGAAAACGAGGGGCCACUUGUUGUAGAGCAGGAUGAAGAGAACAUGGAGAAUACGUCGUAUAGCGAGGAAAGGGAGAAUGGCGCUGGUAGUCCGGAAUAUUAUUCUCCUGAGCCAAAGCGAGUUAAAGCUAACGAGAACACGCAGCCUCAACGAACCACACGAUCUCAACGACCGACUUCCCAUCAGCCGUUUACCCUGGAAAUGCCCGAUCAGGCAGACGAUGAUCGCAGUAGCUUGGGCGGCCGCCAUACCCUGGAUCUCUCGCCACUUAUUCCAGUGGACAAAAUCGUUAAAGCUCCUAUAGAGACGGCAGUUGCGGAGGAUGUUCCGGACGAAACAGACUUCGAAAUGAGCGGUCUCCCUGUGGAUAAUGCAGGAGGUGGUAGUGAUGAGGAUGAUGAUUUACCAUCGGGAGAUGAUGCUCCCGGACCAUCUACACCGCACGAAAACACGGAUGAAUCUACCGGGAAACGGCCUCGUGUUAAGAUACGACCUGCAGCCGAGGAUAAUCCUGCAGAUAGUUCAGACGUCCGCCCCGGCCGCCGCAUCUCCUCCCGGGGGUCGUAUGCGCCCCGGAUGUUUUGUUCGGAUGAAAUCAGUGUAUUGAUUGACCAAGUGGAGGCCAAUCCCAUGUUGUGGCGCACGGUGGGCGAGAUGAAAACGGGACCCCGUGGGGUGAAGGGGGAGGAAGGAGCGGCAGCGUCGCUGGCAGCAGUUGGCUAAUGUGGUCAGCACAGCGCGAUUGAGUGGCGCUCCCGUUAAAACCGGCGACGAGUGUUAUAGAAAGUGGAGAAAUAUGGUGGCCACUUUCGGUCGGGUUGUUAAGCAGAAGAACGAAGACGGAGAGCUGUCGACCACGUGGCAGUGGACCACCAGGAUGCUCUUCGUCUUACCGUUCCUGCGCUUUAAAUCAGGAGAGAGACUAGCGCUGGAAUCUGGACCGGACUGACAUCCCGUCAGUCGUUAUAUGGUGGAUGACAGCGAAUGCUUCUGCAGUGUAUAAUUAUAUCGUGAUUGAGCUUUAGUUGAUGCACAUUUCGCCGCAUUUACUACUCCUGCUGUCAUGUUGAUUCUACUAUUUUUAUUUGAUUUUAUCACUGAUAAGAAACGA